AAUGUGAUUAUAAAUCUCGCUGGUUCUGGUUGGAGCUAUAAAAACCCUGCGACCACUGGCAGAUGUCAGUUAGUUACGUUCCAAUCGUCGCUUAGAAAUCACUCAACAAAAGCCAACAUGAAGUUCGCCAUUGUCGUAGUCUUGUUUGCUCUGGCCUAUGGUGCCCACAGCUCUGUGGUGCCGCUGCUGACCACCAUCCAGGGUGGCCAAGUGCUGGUGGGUGCUCCCGCAGUUGCCGGCUCCGUGGCUGUUCAUGCCUCCGCGGUGCCCGCUGCCCUGCCGCUGGCUCUCUCCCCCGCUGGACCCGUGCUCAUUCAGUCCUCGCCGGUGCAUGCCACCAUUGUGGCUGCUCCUGCACCAGCUGUCGUGGCAGUGGCUGCUCCAGCAGCCAGCUAUGUGGCCAAGACACGUGGCGCUGUGCAUGUGGCACCCCUGCCCGGACACUCGCAGUCGGCGGCUUCGGUGAACCUGGAGCCAGCACCAGGCACCUGGUAAACGGCAGCCCUGAAAGCAGCUAACCCAUGGAUAUUCGACCCUGCCAGCCCUAUCUCUGCCUUUAAGUCAGCUUUUUCCUCUACUUGCCAUCUGCCUGGGCGGAUCCUCUCUUUGAGAUCCUUCCGGGAUCCUCCAACACACAAUUUUCUGACAGCAAAUUCUAAGUCAAAUCUAUGAGUCACUCUUUCCUAUCGUUUUUUUUUGCUUUAUUUUCA